AAUAAAAAGUCCAAAAGGACUACUAACACUCUGUCACGUUUCCCGACUUCAGCUGCGGAGAAAGAGGGAUAAAGUUUCACAGCUUCUCUCUUAUCACUCCUCUUCCUAUUCAUCCUUUCCCCAAUUUCUCUUCAGUUUUUAGGAUCCCCAAUUGAUAGGGUUUUUCUCAUCUUCUUGGUUGUAGGAUGGACGGUAUGCACAGCUUUUGGCAGCUAGGUGAUGAACUUCGUGGACAAUCAAGGUCGUCAGAAGAUCACAAAUGGCUGAUGGUUGCUUCAAAGCUAGCAGAGCAGACUAGAUCAAAGGGGGAGCGCAUGAAUAAUGUUGAUUUUUCCAAGGGAUCUGCUGAUAUAAGGCCAAGAGAUAGAUUUGGGUUCCAAGAAGAUAAUAAAUUUGAAAGCCUCAACUUCAACAUGUUGAGCCUGGACUCUAAGGGGCCUGAAAAUUUGAUUAAAACCUCCUUCAGGAACAAUGUAUACAAUACGAAUGCCGUCUAUCAGAAGAGUAACACUAGCAUUCUUGAGAACAUGCCUGUUAACAAGUCUACCAUCAACGAGUCCAUUAAUAAUAACAAUAACAACAAUGAAAGUGCAAACGACAAAAGGUUCAAGACCCUUCCUGCUGCAGAGACACUUCCGAGGAAUGAGGUGCUUGGUGGAUACAUCUUUGUAUGUAACAAUGAUACCAUGCAGGAGAAUUUGAAGCGCCAACUAUUUGGUUUACCCCCUAGAUACAGGGAUUCUGUCCGAGCAAUCACACCUGGAUUACCUUUGUUCCUGUACAACUACACAACUCACCAGCUUCAUGGCAUAUUUGAGGCUUCUAGUUUCGGAGGUUCAAACAUAGAUCCAACUGCAUGGGAGGAUAAGAAAUGCAAAGGUGAAUCAAGGUUUCCUGCACAGGUAAGCAUCCGCAUUAGAAAACUUUGCAAAGCGCUAGAUGAAGAUUCUUUCAGGCCCGUCCUGCACCACUACGAUGGUCCCAAGUUCCGCCUUGAACUUUCAGUCUCAGAGACCCUGGAGUUGCUUGAUCUUUGUGAACAAGAAAGAAUGUAAUCUACAUUCAGCAUAAGCUGUCGGUAGACUGCGCCAGCAUAUUAUAGACUGCGGCAGCAUAUUUAAUGAAUUCCCCUCGUAUAUGUUAUACGGUGAGCAAAUUUUCCGUGAAGCGCAAGCUUGGAAGAUAAGUUUGGGCUUGGGUUUGUUCCUCCUAAAGGAGGAUUUAGGGAAGGUGUUCAAUUAAGAAAUAAAUGUAUUUCCUAGUAUUGGCGCUCAUUGUAAGGUAUUGCAGAAGAGUGAUCCUCAUGGAGAACUUUGAAUGAAAGGAGACAUGAAAAAAAAUGAGACUAGAAUAUCCAUGUAUCUCUAUUUUGUGACUCUAUAAAUAAUACUUUUAUCUAUUCACUAGAUUGAUUUCCGUGCCAAA